CAACUGCCGAUAAACCCCACCGAAGAAGAGUCCAUAGGAACGGGCCGCAGAACUCGGACAAGUCACGGGACAUACCUAGACAAGUACGGUUAUCAGCCUGGUUUCCAUACAAAAGGUGAUGUCAUUUCUGCUGUUGUCAGAUUAGUAGUUUAAACAGAAUACUUACAGACAACACAGCAGCAGACAGUUGUAGUUCCAUCAUGGCCGACAAAAUGUUUUCCCUCAUGAGUCUCGAAGACGAACUGAGCUGUAGCAUCUGCCUAUGUGCUUUCGACUGUCCGGUGACAAUUCCAUGUGGACACAACUUUUGCCAAGCGUGUCUCCUAGAAACAUGGAAAGACAACUACAGCUGUCCACAAUGCCGGACCCACUUCACCACCAAACCAGUGCUGAAGAAGAACACCGUCCUCAGCGCUGUUGUGGAAACGUUCAAAAUGAAGUCGAAUAAAAGCGACCUCCCCAAUGAGACGGGCGACUUAAUCAAGUGGGAUGCGGCCAAGAUGGAGCCCAAAGAGGUGGUUCUCUUGUGUGACACCUGUAUGGAAGCCAAAGCAUUCAAGACCUGCCUCACCUGUAUGGCGUCAUUCUGCCUUGAGCACGUGAGGCCUCAUCAUGAGAACCCAGUGUUUGGCGCGCAUCAGCUGAACGAGCCUCUGGGCGACUUGUGCGACCGUAUCUGCCCCGACCACCACAAGCUAAUGGAGUUCUACUGUGUCCAACAUGGCCGCUGUAUCUGUGGUGUCUGUCUGCAGCAGGUGCAUAAAGGCUGUACCUUCUCCAACCCUGAUGAACAACGGGCACUGCAAGAGUCUGAUUUGAGGGGCAAGUUGAGUCUGCUGGAUGGAAAGAUUGACAAGAACCAGACGGUCAUCUCUCAGAUGAGUGACCAGCAGAGCAAGUUGAAGGACUCUGCAGCCAGCAGGAAGAGAGCGCUAGAGGAUGACUACCGCCAAAUCCGGGAGCUGCUGGACCGUGACGAGCGUGAGGCUCUGAACACUGUGGACCGCGAGCAGGAGAGCGGUCAGACCAAACUCCAGAACCUCAUAAAGAAGUUCAACCAGAACAUUGUGAAGCUUAGCGCAGCAAAAGAUGGCGUCAACAGCCUGCUCAGUCGGACUCAGACCGUGGCUUUCCUACAGGCCUCAGUUGACAUGCCAGCAGUGGUGGCCUUUGACCCCUAUACCCCGAAGGUGAACCUGGACUCUAAGGCCGUGGCAGCCUGGCAUGCCUACUCUGCAGUCCUGAGGGAGCAUCUCACACAUGUACUGAAACAGCCUGUAGAGGCCAGACUGCAGAUACUCAAACCAGCUGAGAGGUUUGCUCCUCUGCUGCCAAACUUCUAUGAAAUGGGAGGCAUGCCACCACAAGGUCAUCCGAGAAUGCCUAGAUCCCACAGCCCCGGAGCUCCCCUCAGGGCAAACCAGAAGAAGCCUCCACAAGAUUCAAACCGAGAGAGAAAGUCGGACAAGAAACGAGAUCACAAGGAAUGGAAAGACCAUAAGGCUGACAAAAAUUCACAAAAGCCACCUAAUGCUCCCAGAGAGUCCGCCACUCCUGUUCCACACACACCAAGGGACCACCCCAGAGGACAAUCAGCAGAACCCAGACCCAGGAACAUGGAGGACCCAGGACAAGCAAGUGUUCCCCCAAGUAUCACGUCUGCAGCGAAACGAAAUGACCUUCUACGAUAUGGCACCGUUCUCACCCUUGACCCCAAAACGGCCCACAAGCGCAUCUCCCUGACAGAGAACAUGACCAUGGCCUCUGUGUCAGACGAGCCCACCCAUUACCCCGAUGGCCCCGCCCGCUUCUCCGUCUGCAGCCAGGUGCUCACUUCCAAGGGCUUCUCCCGCGGCCGUCAUUACUGGGAGGUCAAGAUGAGGAGCAACAACUUCACCGGCAUCGGCCUGGCCUACAACAGCAUCGACCGGAAGGGUCCGGCUAGCCGGCUGGGGCGUAACGCCCAGUCCUGGUGCGUGGAGUGGUUCAACGUCAAGCUGUCGGCCUGGCACGCCAGCAGUGAGACUGUACUGCAGAACCCGAAUCCGAUCUGCGUCGGCGUGCUUUUGGAUUGUGAGGAGGGAACGGCCACUUUCUAUAACGUUCAGGACAGGGCAUACCCUUUCCAUACGUUUGUGUUCCAGUUCGCCGAGGCAGUGUACCCGGCAUUCUGGCUCUUCUCCAGCGGCUCGUCUGUUAGCCUGUGCAAGCUGCAGUCUUAAGUUAACACAACACACGCACACACACACAUUGUUCUCCCUCACAAAUAAUUAUAAUGUACAGCAUCUGGGUCAAUAAAUGACUUAAUCAUACUGAUAUUGGGAACUUAUAUUGGAAAUGUACCUUAAAGGUUAUUAUUUGGUUGUAGUCACUGGCUUUAGUAAUAAUGCAGUGUAGGUAAUCCUUUUGGACUUUGGUCUCUUGUAACUACAGCAACCUCCUAAACAGGCAGCAUUUGUUAAUCAGUAUCUAAUGAAAACUAAGCACUUCCAUACAGGUA